AUGCUUCGUUCAAGUGUCGUCCUCGCCGCCUCGAUGGCGGCGCUAACCGCCGGAUCCACGUCGACAAACGAGUGGCAUGCGUGCCCGCUCUUUUCGUCGGUCGGCAAUGCGACCCACUACACCGCCUACUUUUCCCCGCCGCCCUACGCCGACCUUGCAGUCGAGUGCCUCAACCUCCAAGUACCCUUGUGCUACCCGGGCGUCUGCACGAGCAAGAAGACGAUCAGCAUCUUUCUCAAGCGCAUUCCGGCGACGCGCCCGACGACGCCUGGCAAGGCCGUGUGGUUACUGCAGGGCGGCCCGGGGAGCCCGUCGCAAGGCAUGGAAGGGUACAUGGCCAGCGUCUACACCACGGCCAACGGCUCGAUGAGUCUCUACACGAUGGACCACCGCGGCGUCGGCCGCAGCUCCGCCUUGAGUGCGUCUUGCCCCGAGAUCCGAGUCUUGGAUGGCAAGGACGGCGACAGUGCUGUCAUUUCCAACUGCUUUCAGAAGCUCAAAGACACCUAUGGCCACGAGGCGCCCAAGGGCUUCUCGGUCACGAGCGCGGGGACCGACCUUGCGGCUCUCAUCGAGAGUCCGCUCCUCGCUGCGGACGACGUCUUUGUCUACGGCGCGAGCUACGGCACGUACUUGGCCGAGCGGCUCAUGCAUUUGGCCCCCAAGAACGUCAAGGGCUACAUUCUCGACGGCAUUGUCAGCGAGAGCCCCGUGAGUAUGUUUAGCGCCUGGGACCGUGACGUGGCCAAUGUGGAGAAAACCUACUAUGGUUUUUGCGACAAGGACCCGAUUUGCGGGUCCAAGAUUGGUCCCAACUCGCAGCAAUUUGCGUUCGACUUGUUUGCGAAGCUCGAUGCGAACGAUACGGCGUGUGCCCAGGCGAUCUACGCAGCGAAAGGUCUGCCGUCGGACUUUGUUGGGUCGGCCUUGCGCGAGAUGGUCAUCAGCUACUGGCAGCGCAACAUGAUUCCGUCGGUGCUCUACCGCCUCGCCAAAUGCGUCGUCGACGUCAAGAGUGAAACGCGCUUCCUCAAGGGGCUUCUGGGACUGCCCAUUGAGGACAGUGAUGAAGAGUACGAGGCCAACGAGACGGACGUUGUGCCUGGCGACAAGGUCACGGGGAAUGCGGCCAUGGACACGCUUCUCUACUUCAACAUUGCGAUGAACGAGCUCUGGGAGCUGCCGUCGCCGUCGUAUGACCGCCUCGAAGUCGACGCCAACAAGAUUUCUUGGAGUACGACGGCGUUCGCUACAACAUACAAACUCAUGUGGCUCUGCUUGGUCCGCAACAUGGACGAUCCGGUUUGUGAAGACAAUGGCUGGACAAAGCAAAAACAAGCGUUCGCCUACGACCGCGAUAUGUACUGGAACAAGACGGCGGCGGUUCCAGCGGGGGCCAGUGUUCUCAUGCUCACUGGUGGCCUGGACAUCCAGACAAAGCCCGACUACGCUGUCGCCGAGUUCAACUCGAUGGCUGGCUCCAACAAGUUGUCCUUGCUGUUUCCGACUGGCGGCCACGGCAUCACCGCAACGACGCCGACCAACAGCCUCGGCGAGACGUGCGGCAUUGACAUCCUCAACAUGUACCUCCAGUCGGACGGCAACCUCAGCGCCAUUGACACACGCUGCAUGGCGAACGUCCUUCCGCUGGACUUUACGACAAUUUUGGACCGCAAGAAGAGCAAGCAGCUCUUUGGCAACACGACCGAUAUGUUUGGAGAUGCUAUCAAGGCGGCUGUCAAGAGCCAAGUCGACUCGCAGGAGGCAGAUGACGUCGACGCCAAGCACAAGAUGGAGAUGAUGGCGCUUUCCGGGGGCAUGAUUGCCUGCGUCUUUGCCGUAUUGGGUAUGGCGCUGUACGUCAAGAAGGUCAAGCGAGACCUGAAGACGGCACCGGCCUCGGUCGUCGAGCCUGAAGGCGUUGUCGAUGCAGCCAAGGAAGUGACCAUUACGAGCGAGGUGGCGAUCGUUUAAUGCGCAACUGAAAAGCAGUGGAGGAUUUCUCCGACCCUACUACUAGGACAUGGUUUUCCACAUGAACUA